GUCGUUAUCUACGUCUGUCAAUAAUACAUAUUAAAAGAAUUCAGUGCUUUUUUAAGUAAAAAAUUUACUAUUGAGGUGUUUUGGGUAUUUUAGUUUCUCCUAGACGAAACAUGUAUAAAGCUAGGAGAUUGACACAAGUCAUAAGCAAUGUCUCUUCCCGUCUCUCAAUAUGAAGCUUUGCUAGCGGAGGUGCGCGGCUUAAGGCGCAAGGCACAGAGAGUUCAGCAACUUGCUCGACCUUUAAUUAGUGGAAACAGUUCCCAGCAGUACCAGCAUGAUAAACCUUUAGACUACACAAUGGAGUCGCUGCUCUUAAACAGACAUGAUCGAUCUAAUUCUCCGAACAAUGAUCAUAGCUCAACAUCAGAUCAAGGUCAGUUAUCAAGUGAGGAUGAAUUACGACUUGGUGGCGUAUCGAGAGAUAGGUCUUAUAGAAGUUCCAGUCAAAUGUCAGUGAGCAGCGAACCAGUUUCCAGAGUACCCGGCCAAGCUCAGAUAGUUUCAGGUUCUAUGUUCCAUGGAGCUUGGCCCAAUGUUGAAAGGACAAGUAUGUGGAAUUCGGAACCAGGCAGCCUAAGACUGCCAGAUACUAAUCAACAUAAGAAAGACUUGAAUUCCUCAGGAGGAAGUUGCCAAAACGAAAUUUCAUCUGUGAUGUCAUUUGCAUCAAGUUCAGGUGGAGUUCCUAUUGAUAGAGGUCUUUGUAGUCCUGACAGAAAAUGGUCUUCUCAACAGUUAGAAGCAAAAAUGGACGUAGUAAAUAGUUUAUUGUCAAUGUUAGGUAGUCAAGAGCAUGUGGAUAUGGGAGAAACAUUAUUAGCGUUAAGCACUUGCCCUGAGAGCUGCCUUGCCAUGCGACAAUCAGGUUGCAUCCCACUAUUAGUUCAAUUGGUGCAAUCAGAUAAAGAUAAUGAAACAAGAAAAAAGGCAGCUCAAGCUUUAUACAAUUUAGUAAAUUCACAGCCAGAUGAAAAAAUUAAAAAAAGAGAAAUCAGAGUACUAAAAUUAUUAGAGGAUGCCAGGCGGUAUAUUGAAUGUCUGAAAUAUGACUUGGAAUAUGAAUCGCAAUGUGCUGAUGGCAGUAUCAGUCCUCUUCAAACCCAAGAAGAUGGAGAUAAACACCCAGUUCAAACAAUAGCACACCUAAUGAAGUUGUCAUUCGAUGAAGGCCACAGGCAAGCAAUAUGUCAGUUAGGAGGGAUUUAUACAAUCACUUCUUUAGUAGAGAAUGAACAUUCAAAACAUGGCAGCACUGUACAAGAGGGUAAUUGUAUAUUGAUGCGUAGGUACGCGUGUAUGGCACUAACCAACCUUACUUUUGGUGAUAGUGGAAACAAAGCUCUUUUGUGUUCAUUUAGGGAUUUUAUGAGGGCUCUAAUUUUGCAGCUACGAAGUCCCAGCGAUGAACUAAGACAAGUUACAGCUAGUGUUUUACGGAACUUAUCUUGGCGAGCCGACUCGACCAGUAAGGAAAUCCUACGAGAAGUGGGUAGUGUGACUGGUCUUAUGAAAGCUGCUAUGCUACAAAAUAAAGAAAAUACUCUAAAGUCUACAUUGUCUGCUUUGUGGAAUCUGUCGGCCCAUUGUACCGAGAAUAAGUCUGAAAUAUGUGCUGUCGAGGGAGGUCUUGGUUUUUUGGUCAACAUGUUAUCCUAUAAAACACCUUCGAAAAGUUUAGCAAUAAUCGAGAACGCUGGAGGUAUUUUAAGAAAUAUCUCAAGUCAGAUUGCUGUCCGAGAUGACUACAGAGACAUUCUCCGAAAACACAAUUGCCUGCACAUCCUUUUAGAGCAAUUGAAAUCACCGAGCUUAACGAUUGUGGCCAAUGCUUGUGGUACAUUGUGGAAUCUUUCAGCAAAAAACGCCGAAGACCAAGAAACGCUUUGGCAAAUGGGAGCGCCCGCUAUGCUCCGAAGUUUGAAUCAUUCCAAACAUAAGAUGAUUGCUAUGGGAUCUAGUGCAGCUCUUAAAAACUUACUAGCAGCAAAACCACAACAAAAUUUGGUCCAUAAAAUGGAUUCUACUGCACUAUCUUUGAACUUACCCGAGCUUCCUUCACUGGUGGCUAGAAGACAAAAAUGUCUUAUGCAGGAUCUGGAUCAGUCACUCACCGAAACCUACGAAAAUUUAGAUAAAGAUUCCCCAGUUAAAGCAAACGCAGAUAGUAAUGUGGAUGGGGGGCAUUUUAUCUAUGGUCGCAAUAAGACGAGAAGUCGUAGUCCAGAAGAUUUGACGAAUCACUUUGCUAGCUUGAAUUUGAACGAACCAUCAAUAAGCUACUCGAUGGAGGCCAGAAAUAGGUCUAAAAUUGCUCGAAAUUAUGGUUGUUCCAGUUUGCCUUACGUCCCCCAACCCACAAGGCGAACAAAUCCGGCGUCCUUUUUACCAGCCAGAACAAAAUUUUCUGACCACGCUUACGAGAACCCACCCGAGCAACCAAUAGACUAUAGUCAAAAAUUCUUUGAAACCUCUAACAUAAAAGGAACAAGUUCCACAGGAAUUUUAACACCAUCAGAAUUGCCUCAGAAUGAAAAUGAUAGGAAAGGAAACUUGUCUUACGUGGAGAAAACUGAAGAUAAUUUUGAUAUUGGCUAUACCGAAACCGAUUUGGAUCAGCCUACAGAUUAUUCUUUAAGAUAUGCUGAAGAUGAUUCAGAUUCGGAUAUUUGCAGUAAAAUUACCAAGCAAGAAUAUCUACAGGAUACUGUAAAGACUUAUUGUACGGAGGGAACGCCAUAUGAGACUCCGUUUGUAUUUUCAAAUGCAAAUUCGAUGUCAGAUUUACGAAAUGUUGGAACUAGCGAUGAAAAACCCGAUAUAGAUAAUGAUAUUGAUGUUCAAAAAAAAUGUGACAAGAAGGAUAAAAAGGAGAUCAAAAAUGACGAAGAAAAGGAUCGAUGUUCGACCGAAGAUAUUUCAGAGAUGGAUAACACGCAGCUAAAAACACAAAAAUCUCAGUUCAGUUCGGGCAUGAUGUCACCCGAAAAACCUGUAAACUACUGUGAAGAAGGAACUCCAGGAUAUUUUUCCCGUGUCAGUAGCUUUGGUUCAGGGUUAGAUUCUAUUCCUGCAAAUGAAACUGUGAUAAAAAAAGAAAUAAAGGAAGAAGUAAACGUAAACGAAUCGCCUAGUUCUCCGCCAAAGGAGGAAAAAAGCAUGGAUCGUGUUUCCAAUGCGCCCAAAACGCCAAACGAAGUAAAGGUCGUGAAGUUUGAACAGGUUGUGAAUUAUGCUGAGCAGACUCCCUUGAUGUUUUCAAGAUCGAGUUCACUUGCUUCAUUGGAUAGCAUUGAACAGCAUUCAAUACACGAUGACCGAAGUUCUGUUGUUUCAGAUUUUAGUCGCCUUACAAGCGGUAUAGUCUCACCAAGCGAGUUGCCGGACUCUCCCACUCAGACAGUUCCAUCAAGUCCUCGUUCUUCCAAACAUAAAAUCGAUUUUCCUGGUUCAUCAAAACAACGUUUGUCGGAAAAUAAAAUACGACCCGUACCGAAGGCCAGUGUCUUUGAUGAUAAUGUUACUAAAUUUAAGGAGGAAAAUACACCAGUUCAAUUUUCGACAGCCACUAGUUUAAGCAGUUUGACAAUAGAUGAUCAAGAAGGAAUCGAAAAUACAAAUUCUGCCAGUAAUACUCCUGACACUAAAGUGAAACAACAUUUGCCGAGUGCCAGCACCAGUGCAGUAACUCCAAAUGUGGAGAAAUGUGAGCAACCACCGGAUCAGCAAGAAAAGAAAGAUUUCGAAAAAGAAAAAGAAACCAGCGGAUUUGACGACCUUAACGAUGAUUCGGACGGCGAUGAAGAUAUCUUAGCUGCUUGUAUUAGUGACGGAAUGCAGUCAAAUAUAUCCUUACCAACUGCCAGCUCAACUCCAACAAAGCUACCGUUAGCAGCGUAUAAGUUCCAGCAACCUAAAAUUGCUGCCACUGGCAUACCCGUUCGUACCCCAUCGAGACACGUUCCAGUCAGAACUUCGGGUUUGUUGGAAGAUGCACCCAAAGCUUAUUAUACCGAAGAUACUCCAGCCGUUUUGAGCCAUGCAGGUUCGAACUCUAAUUUGAGUACUCUAUCGAUUCUAAAUGAUAGUCGGAGUAAGCAGGGUGACUUUUCAGAUGACUCUAGCAAUCUUUCCGUGGACAAUGAAAAUAUAUUGGAACAGUGUAUCCAGUCUGCGAUGCCAAAAUCGAAAAAAGACAUUAGAGUUAAUAGUCCGCAACCGCGAGCCUCAAAUAUAAGCGUGCUGCCUAGGUCCACGAAUCAAAUCACCUUUAAACACGUGCCCUUACCAAAAAGCGAAGAAGCCUUAAAAGUGUCCCAACGUUAUAAUCCUAAGAAGAUCGAUAAAGGAUUAGAUAGACGAGAAAAAAAGGUGGUAAGAGGAGAUAGACGCGAAUCGUCGCUACCGCCUUACCUGACUUUAAGAGAUGAAGUAGCCAGCUACGAGAUUGAAAACAGCCCUUGUCAGUUUUCACUAAGGUCUAGUUUAAGUGACCUGACUGUGGACGGGAGCGUGAUUGGGUUAAAACCGGCAAGUAAACCAUCCCAACGUAUCAAAACUCCGCAAGAUGCAGCUGGCCCAAGCAGAAAAGAUUUAGCAGAUUCCCUCCAGUCGCAUAAGUCACGUCGAAAGGAAUCAUUCUCAUCAUUAAGCUCCUUGGCAUCAAACGAAGGAGACCAGGCGUUGCUAGAAGAAUGUAUCUAUUCAGGAAUGCCCACCGACAAACAAGAAGAGGCUCUGCUAAAUGAGUGCAUUCAAGCGGGUAUGCAGAGUAGCAGGUGCAGCAGUAGAACAAUGACGAUAGAUUCCUCUAUAAGACCAGAAACACUUCGACCCUUUCAAAGAGAUGACUUUAUGAUCCAUAAGACUAAUUCAUCGGAAGAUAAUAGGUCAAAAAACGUGCAUGUUGCGCCUGUUGCCCGGAGCAUAGUGGUAAUCCAACCACAAGUAAGCCAGCAACGUCCCGAAAUAUCAACCACGGCGGCAGGCGUAGAAAACGGUCCCGCACCAAAUUGGAGCGACAUCGAAAAGAACGUCAGCUUCGUGUCAGUAGCGGAGACCAUGGCGGAGAGCCACGCGGACGCGAGAAUAGGGACCUCUCUGGUAGCAGAUUCGUUACCGGACAGAUUCUCGCUUUCCGACGAGAACUUAUUGACAGAUCAAAUGAAGAAUGGAUCUAGCAAAUCCGUCAGUCAGUUUUUGGAGGCCAGCUUCGAAAGCGAUUAUACCUGUUCGAAUUCAGACAACUGCGCGAAUCUGGACGGUGUCUUCACGAAGAGCUGCGAGGAAACUGGACAUUUGGCGAAUAAUAGAAUGCUUGAUCCAGAUGCGAUGAUUGAAUCGCUUGACAGGUUUACUGCUGAAUUGGUAAGCCAGGCAAGCCAUUUAAAACAAGAAAAAAGUUCCCAAAUAGAUAAACAAGAUAAAUCGAAUACCGACGAAAAUACAUGGAAUGAUGAUACAUCUCCUAAUGAACUAACCUUUCCUACAAUGUCAGGAAGCCUACCGAAUGUGAUUACUUUUGAUAGCGAACAUGAUGAAAGUAGCAAAAUUGAUGCUGUUGAUGGUGUAGUAGAUGUUAAUCAAUGCGAAGGAGUUAGCAAUGACUUUUCAUCUAUGAAUACGACAACCAUGACGGCAAGCACUUUGAUUGCUAUUGAAGCUAACAAAAUAGUUACGGCAUUUCAAAAAGAAGCAGACAUGUCACAGAGUGCCAAAUCCCUUGACUUGGAUUCGAUGAAGCUACCUUCUCAGCCUCAGUCUUUAAGCAACAGUAUGACAAGUUUCGACAAAGCCGCACCGAAAAGUCCGAAGAUGGCAUCCAGGAAAAAAAAUAUGUCUAGCAAUAUUUUGGUCAAACGCGCGCUGAGUAAUUCAGCUAACCAUACGUCAAGCCUGGAAAAUUUGGAUAACAGCAUAUCUAACAUCGAACAACUUAAUCCACCAUCAGAAUUGCAGCAUUUGGUAGACUUAGAUAGUAGUAUUACAAGCAUUGCAAGUCUUCCACGGGAGGACAUAGACUUAAAACCGGAAUUUGUCAUAAAUGCAAGCUUAACUGCCAAAAAUAAUCAAGACUCUAAACCACAUCCAAUAUUUAAUGUGAAACAGCCUUUUGUGACUUCCACAUUAAAUAGUAUUAAUGCUGAUCUAGAGCUGAUGAAUCCUCCAUCGAUUUUUAAUGAUAUUACCGAUAUGUGCAAUUCCUUGGCCGAUUUUUCACCUGAUAGCGUUCAUACUCAGGCUACUACGUUUCAAGAUUGCCUCACCCAUAUUUCUGACAAUACAUAUGCUGAUGUUACCUUAGCGAAUGACAUAACGGAAUUCAGUGAUGCUAACAGUAUAACUCCUAUUCAAUCUGAUAUUAGCAGUGUUGAAAGCACUCCAAAAAGAAUAGUUAAACCUUUGACCAAAAAUAUGAUGACAAAACAACGAAGAAAUAUGGCUAGAGACAGAUACAAAACCUAUGUGGUAGCAGCCGAAAAAGUUAUGCAAGAAUCUAUAGAGUUGGAAACCAAGGUUAAAGAGUUUCAACCUAGCUUGGAAGAACGCAAUGAAUUGCUAAUCGAUGACUACAAGACGGUUAAUGAACUUGCGGAAAAAGAGGAUGAUCAAAGUAUAUGCAGUAAUACAUAUAUCGUGAAAUCUCCAAAGCGAGCAUCAAAUGAACGAAGAAGAUUGGAUAAAUCAAGAUUUGAAACAAAAGUUAUCGAUGUCUCCGCUUUACAAGCAAGUACUGAUUCUAUUAAACCAGAAACCAGCGACGCAGAGUCAAAGAAUUCCAGUGCUAGCCCUAGUCCAACAAGAACUAAACUGAGUAUCAGAAGAAAUUUCUUGCAGAAAAGACUUGAAAAUAAGGAAAGAUUUAGAACUCAAACACUCAGUGAAAGUAGUUUUGGAUCACCAGAAGUUCUCUCCGCAUCUCCUCCUUGUGAGGGCAACGACCUUCAAUUCAUAGUUGAAAAAGAAGCUAAUUUGGUGUUAAAAACUAUAAGAGAUAGCAAGUUACUAACUGAAGAAAUGUUAGACUUGGAAACUUUAAGUUUAGUAUCAAAUGAUGAAGAUUCUGAACAUAAUUCUGGCAGUCCUAUAAACUAUAGGACUUAUCACAGAAGUUGGAGUACGAGAAAGCCAGAGACUCCAGUUGUAUCAUCUUAUGAAACUCAGGGCAAUUGUAAGGAAGAAAACACCAAUUUACCUCUACCGCUCGAGGUGAAUUUAUCCAAUAUACUGCCUGCAGAAGUUCAUCCUUCUCAAGUAGAAUGUACGACACCACAAGAGCCAUUAAGUUCGAACCUGCAUCUAAAACCAGAUGAAGUUAGCGAUGAAAAUCUUGAAGAAAAAAGUUUAGUAAAACCCAGAAUUGUCAAACCGCUAUCAAACUCUGAUCAGGAGCAAGAGGAGGAUGAGGCUAAACCAGAAGAACCUAAAGGAAUACGAGGGAGAAGAAAGCCUUUAUAUUCAAAAACGAAUAUUAUGAAUAAAAUUGCUCCAAAAACAAUAAAACCGGCCAAAAAUAUGGCUUCGAAUCUUGUGAAAAACAUAACAUCUAGUAUUAAAUCUGGAACUUCCCUAAAAAGAGAUGCCAAUCCAAAAGAAAAAACCUCAUAUCUAAAACCUCCUACGCCCACUCCAGUAAAAUCAAGUGGUUAUGGAUAUUCUCGAAGCAGUAACAUCACUACGCCAAAUAGAAGUAUAGCAAAUAGUCGCAACAAUAGUCCUAAAAGUAGUCCGAAACACAAUGCAAAGAGUACUCAGGGUACUCCGCCAUUAGAACGGCAAGGAACUUUUACGAAGGACGAUUCCCCCAGUAGCUCACCGAAGACUCCCACAAAGCUACCUACUCCACCAUCAAAAAUUCCAUCCUUUAACAAACAUGUUGCCCGAACAGUAACGAGCAAAAUACCUGCCAAUAACAACUUGGUUACCAAUAGACCUGUACAGAAUGGAACUGCCAAAUCUGCUAGUACCGAUAGAAUUAAUAAGAAUACUAGGCUAUACAAUAGGUCGACAAGUGCGGAUAGCAGAGAAGAGCCUUCGAAAAAAAUACAUCCGUCUUCCUCGACUCAGAGUUUAAAAGUUGAAACAAAUCCUGCAAAAGGUGUUACAAAGAAAUCUGGAAUACCUAGUCCAGCGCAACGAUCAAAUAGUAAUGUUUGUAUCGGUUCGAAUGGAACUGCCAAAAAACAUGUUACGAGUAAAAUUGCGAGCUUGUGGAAGAAAGUUGAGGAAAGCAAGGCUAAGCAGCAAAACGGUCCGGGUAAACAAGAUAAGCGCGUAUGGAUACAAAGUGAAAAAGAACCUACUAGUCCUAAGCUGAUACGAAGGAACACCUUUGAGAAUCGAAAUUCUAGCAUACCUUCGAAUAUAGUUCCUGAAGCAGAAGAUUAAAAUUUGUUUACACUAAUAUUCUAAAUGAAUGAACAAGCUUAGUAGAAUUCCUCAAAUUUAUAGUCAAUCCACUUUAGAUCAAAAUUCAGACCAAUGAUAUAUUUUUUUAUAUCAGCUUUGAUCAGCUAAAAAAACCUUCCAGAUAAUGUCAUAGUUUUUAAUUUUAAAUGUGUUUUUAGUAUAGUUUAAAUGCUGCAGGUUUUUAAUAUUAAGUAGAAUAUAUUAAGUUAUUCUUGCUCUAGCUGCUUUGUAUUGUAUUUAUAUUUUUGCAAAUGUUAUGAAUAUCACAGAUGUGCUCUCUAUUUAAAUUUUAUAUUGAGUUUAUCGCAUGCGAUAUUCAUUUUAUUUUGAUGUACCGUAUUUAUUCUAGUCUUGAUAUUAUGUAAUAUUAGAAGUAAUUUAAGACCAAAUUGAAAUUACUAAUUGCGUUAGUGUUUAGAGUUGUUGGCGCUGACCAAUGCGCAAGUUCAGCCGUCAACUAAAAGUUAUUAUUUUCAAUUUGAGUAUUUAAAUUGCUUCGUAUUUUGUAAGACUGUAAAUUGUAGAUUUAUGUUAAAUAUUCGUGAUAAUACUAGUUUAUUAUAGAGUCCUUUGUUCCGUGUAGUGUAAAUAAAUAAUUGUAGGAAGUGUCAAAAAUGAAACAUAAGUAAUUUUAUAACGUUUAAACGUAGGGUUUAUUAUAUAAAUACAAUUUAUGUUUUUUUGUUAAAUGUUAUAUAUAUAUAGGUACUUAAAUAAUUUCAAUAUUUGCUCCAAAGUUUUCAUUUAACGAGAAUUAAACGUUUUGCUUUAAAAGUUUUUAA